CUCAAGCAUUCAACUAGUUAUUGUUAGAAAUAUUACUCUUUUUUUUUUUUUUUAAUGCAAUGCAUUGUUUUUUGUAGAUAAAAUCUCACAUAUCACGGUUUAAAACAAAACCCCAAACCUCAUAUAAAAUGAAAAAUAACAUGGCUGGUAUAAUAUUGAGUCUUGACUCUUGAGAUGUAUUUUUUCAGGAUUUCAGGUCUCUCUAUUCGUACCGAAAGCUCAUCCUGCUGUCUGUUAGUUCUCAGAUUCAUGCGUUAUUGAGAGACGAUCUUCAGUUCAUCUAGCAUUCAGCUGAUGUUAAUCACGCUCCAUCUUCUACAUUCGCUGCUUCUUCAGAAACAGGAUUCAUGUGAUUUUAGAGUCUGGAAAGUCAUUUUAACUCCGUUCAGGGAUCUGAAUGUCUAAACGAGAUUAUUUCUUUGCAGCGGUCGAGGAGCAGGAGGAGCAUCAGGCCGUCGUUUCAGACAUUAAAAAACAACAGGAAGAAGAAAUCCUGCAAAUUGAGGAGGAGUCUAUGAUAAAGACGGUGCAUCUGAAGCAGGAGCACGUCUGCGUGAUCGAGCAGCUGGAGCAGACCAUCGAAGACCUGCGCAGUAAGAUCGCCGAGCUGGAGAAACAGCAGCCCCUGCUGGAGCGGGAGGUGCUGCUGACACAGGACCAGGAGUGCGGAGGAGAGGAGCGCCUCCUCCCGGACGUCUGCCAUGUGGACCUGCAGACAGAGAACACUGCGCUGCUGCCGCUGGAGGCCAAAUCGGUGCAGACGUCUCCCAUGGAGGAGAGCUUUAGGUUUAAAGUUUCUCCUGUGGAGGCGCAGGGGCCCGGGAGGAGUGACUCCUCGCUGCCAUCAGAAACUGAGAAUGCUUCUCAAGCGUUUGUGUGCAUGUGCCAGCAGCUGCCGGGCGCUUCGGUGCCUCCUCCACCACCACCUCCUCCUCCAUCCGGGAUGUGUGCACCUCCUCCUCCACCUCCACUUCCAGGAAUGAGCGCUCUUUCUGCACCACCUCCUCCGCCAGGCAGUUCAUUUCCUCCUCCUCCACCUCCUUUACCAGGAAUGGGUGCGCCUCCUCCUGCACCUCCUCUACCAGGAAUGGUUGCACCUCCUCCUGCGCCUCCUCUACCAGGAGUGGUUGCGCCUCCUCCUGCGCCUCCUCUACCAGGAGUGGUUGCGCCUCCUCCUGCGCCUCCUCUACCAGGAGUGGUUGCGCCUCCUCCUGCGCCUCCUCUACCAGGAGUGGUUGCGCCUCCUCCUGCGCCUCCUCUACCAGGAAUGGGUGCGCCUCCUCCUCCUCCUCCUCCUCCAGGUCCUCCGCCGUUGGCUCCUGGUCCUCCUCUGGCCUUCGGUUUGGGUUCUCUGCCUCCGCCGCUCCCGCUGGGUCUGUACGCGUUAGGAGCUCCGCAGGAGAAACCGCCUCGCAAAAGCUUGGUGGAGCCACCGAGACCAAUGAAACCGCUGUACUGGACCCGAAUACAGCUGCACACCAAAAAGGACUCUCAUGCUCUCGUGUGGGAGAAGAUCGAAGAGCCAUCCGUGGAUUUUGACGAGUUUGUCGAUCUCUUCUCCAAAACUGCAGUGAAAGAGAAGAAGAAGCCUCUUUCAGACACGAUCAGCAGGUCAAAGACCAAGCAGGUGAGCAGAGACGUCCGCUGUUAUGUCUGCGGCUCAGGAUGAGGUUAGAGUUGGUACGAGUUUACGAGCACAACGAGACCGUUUCCAUGACUGAGUCCUGACGUUUGUGUACAGACGGCGGCUCCUCUCAGAGUAAAUGGCCAAGCGCUUGGCACCGCCGUGCACCGGAUUCCAGCUCUGAUUGGAAAUAUGACCGUAAAGAGCAGAACCGAGGCGCAUAAAUAUCGCAAAGUGCUCCAAACGCUCGUGGGUUUAUCAGAUCAGUGUCAGACGUGCGUAUGUGGAAACCACCAGCUUUCACAUUCAUAUUCUCAGUCUGUUUCUGUAAAGGCUCGUAUGUGGGAGUUUCCUC